CCGUACCAAGAUGAAUGUUUCUUCAGAUGAUCGAAAAGAUACAUACCUUUUUCUCGCGCUCUCUAUUUGGCCUCGCGGGUGCCUUUGGUCCCCUUGGGAUUCCACGAGCCCGAGGCAUUCUCUCCUCAUUUUUAUUUCUGAAUUGGGUCCGCCCACACUCGGCUUGUCCUAGCCUGCACGAAGGCGCCUUUUCUUCCCGCCUCCCGUCACGGUCCUUGCCAUUCGAACCCCUGCAAGCGAUCGGCAAGGGUCAAAGAUGGCAUGCGUAUGGAGCCUGGAUGGACUCAUGGUCGGUUCACGACUUGACAGAUGAAUGCGAGUCCACGAGGCCGCCAACCCCAUUGUCUCCCAUGGAUCCAUGUCAAAAUGCAGACGCCAUUCCAGUCCAUCACUUUCACUGUCUGCCUCUAGAACCACAUAGUCGUCCACUUUGUUGAUGAGCAUGCUCACACCAAGUCUCCCCCUGCUCGAAGCCUGUUUGAUUUGUUCUAUGUUGUCUCUUACCCAAGACUAAAUACUGAAUCGACGAGCACCCUCCCUGACAUGUAAACCACUCGAGCAUGGACACCACCACCACCACCACUUUGUUUUUCUGACAUUUCUCUUCCCGCCUUCGAUACUUGUAGCCUUUCCUUUCCUCAUAAGGCGGCCGCCUGGGGGUCAGCAGUCCCAUGCUAUUUACGAGGGCCACAAGGCAUCUGCGUUACUAUCAGUUGCGCCCUUGACGGAGACCACCUCCGCCGUCUGCUUAUACGGUUCUCACUGCCACGUAUCCAGCCUCCUAUUACCCGGUGUUCUUUACGGCGCGGUGGACGUGGCUACUCUGUGCUUUUGCGGCUCUUUCCUCUAGGUCAUACAGAUUAAACUGGGUGACACAAUAGUCCCGAUUGCAACUUCCUUUUGUGCAAUCUCAUCUUUGUCUUGGGUGCCAGUGGCUGUCUCGAAAACCUGAUCGACGCGGUGCAAUGCAGCCCGUCCUUGAUCACAACCGGAGCAGAGAUCUACGGGACGGCGGCGCUGUUUGAGACAAGUGCUGGGAAGGGAAAGGCAGUCGUUCUGCCACGGCUCGGGGGUUGAACUUGGACGGCUGUCUCGUGUGGCGGAUUUCGAUCUUUCAGGACUCAGGCUGUGCUAUCACUUCAAGUCGAGCCGUCGGUGUCUGACAAGUGCCACUGCACGUCUUGCAAACUUGAACACGGCUUAACACCACAAGCCUCAUGGCCCUGGGCACUGUGCUAGUCCCAAAUUUGAGAUUGGAAACCAGGCACGCGAUUGAGCCCUCGUCCCAUUCUUGUCCCACCCUCCGAGAACUGGCGAACUUGCCUUUGCUCUCAAUGGCUCAGUCGUCGGCGGUCAAUGAACAACAUGCAAGCGAGUAUUCGCACCGGCCACGUUUACCUUCGUUCAGCAACUUCCUGUCGGGCGCUGGACGCUCAGACCUGAACCUCGCACUACCAAGGCCUGCAUUCAGCCGGCCCAAUAUCAAUGCCACCCAUCACGAGACAUCGCCUCAAAAUGGCGUCCAUGCAACUCAAUACACUCCUACGGCUGGGCCACCGGCCGCUUCUCCCGGUUUCAAUCCGCGACCUCACGACCAACAUCCUGAGCCAUCUCGGCCACCCUUCUGGUCUUACCCAACACCGGCCCACUCCGACCGCUCCGCAGUAUCGACUAACACUGUACCGCCGGUCCCGCCGGUCGACCGUACAUAUAGCCGGGUUGUGGUAAGGGAAGAAGUGAUACCUGGCAGGGGCCUCUGUCAGAUAUAUGACGACGGCACCGUAGGUCAGAGAAUGUCCGAUAGUGACGCCUUCAAUCCCAAAUGGGGUACAACCAAAGCAGGCAAGCCGAGGAAGCGCCUGGGUCAGGCUUGCAACACUUGUAGGGAAAAGAAGAUCAAGUGCGACCCCAGCGUCCCCAAAUGCGCGCAAUGUCAGAAGUACGGGCGGGAGUGCAAAUUCGAGAUCGGUCCUCGUUCUGGACAGAAACGAUCAGGAUCUGUACCUUCGGCAUAUUCGCCAUCAUAUUCGUCACCAACAGAGCACACUUCAGCUGGUCUGUUUGACAGAAGAGAGUCAACGGCAUCGACCGAGUUCAAAGGCCAAGAGUCGCCUCUGUCAAAGCCGGCAAACCGUUCCUCCCUUCCUCUCGAGAGCCUCUUAUCCCCGGCGUCGGACAACGAAUCUACACGCAAUCACAGACGAGAAGACAGAAAGCCGCCAUCAAAGAGGGCGAGAUAUUCGGCGUCUCCCCGUCCUGUUUCUGAAGGAAGCCUGUCAGACUGUGUAAUUCUAGAGUCGCAGACCAGCUCAACAGCACAGUGGAACUCCACGCCACCAUUCUCGUGGCAAACCGACCCUUAUCAACUGCAUCGAGGUCUCACCUUGUACUACGUCGGCAAAUAUUUUGCACACGUGGACAGUGCGGCAUAUUGUACACUGCCUAAGAAGAAAUUCACACACUGGGUGGAGAAUUGCACCUCGAAAUCGUUAGAAGACAAAAUGAUGCUGUAUGCGAUUCUCGCUCUUGGGACGGUAUUUGUUCGACAGCCUACUUCCGAGGUCCAUCGUGCUACCUUUCUGAGGAUUGUGCACGACGCAGUUCUGAAAUGCGGAGACAGGUUGAGCUUACAGCUGGUCCAAACACGGCUGAUUUUGGCAUCGCUGGCUUUGUCGCAAGGAGAGUACAAUCGUGCCUGGGACUCCUGCGGCGCAGCACUGCGGACAGCGUUCGGCCUUGGCUACAACACCGAGGAGGGUGUCCGGGUGGUAGGCAAUCCGCAGACCUUUGAUCUUGGUCUGGAUGCUACAGCCUUGGUCGAAUGCCGCAGGAGGACAUUCUGGGCUGCAUACGUGAUGGAUUGUUUUGGCAGCGGCGGCGCGGCCUAUGCCAGUUCGAUGUAUGGCCCAGAAUGUCAUCUGCGCUUACCUUGCGAUGAGGCAGCAUAUGAAUCGGGCAAUAUUCCAGCAGCAGCCUUCGACCUGACGACGAGCUCUAGUGCUGAGGUGGAAGCUAAUGAGCUGUCUACACAAAUACGGCAUGUCGGACUCUUGGGUUACCUAGUGCAGAUGGCCAAGAUUUUCCGUGAAGUGGUGAGCAGGAUUUCCCGCCCCGGAGCUCAGUCGGAGAGCGACUACUGCACCGCUUUGGAGUCAUUCCAUCAGGAGACCAUGACGAAACUGCAGACUUGGUACACGCACCUAAGGACGCAUCUGAGGAGAGCGUCUACCGACAGCAGCGGCACAGAAACCUUCAACGGCUUGCACAUACUGUACCACUAUACGGCGUUGCUUCUUCAUCGUCAUGUCCGACAUACCGAGAUCAGUCCACGUCAGAUCAACACUCACGUUCAGGGAGCAUACGGUCACGCUCGACAAAUGUUGGAAAUAGUACAACGCCUGAGCAACAACAACAACCGUUCGAACACCAACAAGAAGAAGAGCAGCAGCAGCAGCAACGACAAAAUCGGGAGCAGUAGCCACAACAAUAAAAGCAACCAGGAGCGGGAAUCUGCUCUUCUCCGCUUUACGACCACCAGUCCGUUCAGUGCGUAUGCCAUCACUUCGGCACUUGAUGCCAUCACGGCCGCGGGGCUCUUGUCCGAAGUGAUGGACCAUAAGAGUCGGACCAUGUCGCUGAUCUCAAGCGGGCUAGAAGCUUUAGAGGGUCUGAUGGAGUUUUGGCAUAGUGCACACCAACAGCGAGAUAUGAUCAAGCAACGACUGAAAGCGCUCUUGAACGCCAGCCAGAAGGCAUCCGACCACAAUGGAGCAUUUUACUUCUCCAAUCCCAUGCAGAGCCCUUUCGGCUUGGAUCAGGACAUUGUCUAUGGAUUACCACGCAUGCGCUAUUUCCAGGCUCUGGGCUGGGAUGACAAAAUUCAAAGAGGAGAAUUUCAUCAGCUUGACCAACAAUAGUGUUGAAAGAAACAAAAAAAGAAACCACCUAAAACCAGCAGUUUAGCGAUUGAGCAAGAGUGCCAGAUUUUAGCAAUCAGAGCUAAUGCGGGAAAGCAGCCAGGGAGAGGCCAGAGAAUUGAAUUACAGAAGGACGAACCAGCGGGUAAUGAGAGAAAAUGAUAUGAUUUGAUGAUGAACCCAGGGAGAGGACAUGUUUUGCUUAUAUUAUGGUAUUCAAGUUUGAUUCUGGCUGGGUGUCUUGCCUUGCCUUGCACUAUAGUAUCUGUUCUUUGCUCCAACGCCCGCCCUAAAGUUUUCCGCAUUAAUGGAGUCUGGAGUUUGCGGUGGCUCAAGAGGCGGGCAGCACAAUACACCUUUGUUGUUUCUAAGUCAAUGCUCUUCUCUCCGUGAUAGUUUGUAGGCGAGCGGGACUAGUAGGGAAGA